GCGUGUUCGAAAUGGCGGCUGCCGGCGACCCGCUAGUGGCCGCAGGGCCCGACAGCUACCGCUCGCCGCUGGCCUCCCGCUACGCCAGCCCGGAGAUGUGCUUCGUGUUUAGCGACAGGUACAAGUUCCGGACGUGGCGGCAGCUCUGGCUGUGGCUGGCGGAAGCCGAGCAGACACUGGGUCUGCCCAUCACAGACGAGCAAAUCCAGGAGAUGAAGUCCAACCUGGACAACAUCGACUUCAAGCUGGCCGCUGAGGAGGAGACGCGACUGCGGCAUGACGUGAUGGCUCACGUGCACACCUUUGGCCACUGCUGCCCCAAAGCCGCUGGCAUCAUCCAUCUCGGCGCCACCUCCUGCUACGUUGGGGACAAUACCGACCUGCUCGUCCUUAGAAAUGCGCUUGACCUGCUUUUACCCAAGCUGGCUAGAGUGAUCUCGAGGCUCGCGGACUUCGCUCAGGAACGAGCCGACCUUCCCACCCUCGGUUUCACCCAUUUCCAGCCUGCGCAGCUGACCACAGUUGGAAAGCGGAGCUGUCUGUGGAUUCAGGACCUGUGCAUGGACCUCCAGAGCUUGACGCGGGUCCGAGACGACCUGCGCUUCCGCGGCGUCAAGGGCACCACCGGCACGCAGGCCAGCUUCCUGCAGCUCUUCGAGGGAGACCACCACAAGGUGGAGCAGCUUGACAAGAUGGUGACCGAGAAGGCGGGGUUUAAGAGGGCUUUCAUCAUCACCGGGCAGACGUACACACGGAAAGUGGAUAUUGAGGUGCUGUCUGUGCUGGCUAGCUUGGGGGCAUCUGUGCACAAGAUCUGCACCGACAUACGCCUCCUGGCAAACCUCAAGGAGCUGGAGGAGCCCUUUGAGAAGCAGCAGAUCGGCUCAAGCGCGAUGCCCUACAAGCGGAACCCCAUGCGCUCAGAGCGCUGCUGCAGCCUCGCCCGGCACCUGAUGACCCUGGUCCUGGACCCGCUGCAGACCGCGUCUGUGCAGUGGUUCGAGCGCACACUGGAUGAUAGUGCCAACCGACGGAUCUGCUUGGCCGAAGCCUUUCUUAGCGCAGAUACGAUACUGACGACGCUGCAGAACAUCUCCGAAGGGUUGGUGGUGUACCCCAAAGUAAUUGAGCGGCGCAUCCGCCAAGAGCUGCCUUUCAUGGCCACGGAGAACAUCAUCAUGGCCAUGGUGAAAGCCGGGGGCAGCCGCCAGGACUGCCAUGAGAAAAUCCGGGUGCUUUCCCAGCAGGCCGCUGCUGUGGUCAAGCAGGAAGGGGGUGACAAUGACCUCAUAAAGCGGAUCCAGGCUGACGACUACUUCAGUCCCAUCCACGCCCAGUUGGACCGCUUACUGGAUCCUUCCUCUUUCACUGGCCGUGCCGCCCAGCAGGUGCAGAGGUUCUUGGACGAGGAGGUCUUUCCCCUCCUGGAGCCCUACGGCAGCACGCUGAGUGGGAAAGCCGAGCUGUGUCUCUAGUGUUAAGCGGGAAGUCAUCGUCGUCGGUUUCGUGGGCUCUGGCCGGGCCUGGAAUGCGGGGUUGCUGGCGGGCCUUGUCCGACUUAGGAAGAAGAAUCUUGGCCUUAAUGCCCCUAUCUUUCACUGCUGCUCUCCUCAGCUCCAUUCAGAGCGCAGCUGCAGAAGUGGUAGGUGGGAUGUUUGUCACAGCCCCCCCACCCCCCCAAGACUUGUAUAAUAAAAGGUCACCCAGCGUC